AUGACUGGUAGAGUCAAUAAAAUUGCAGAGGAAACAAUAGACAAGUGGGACAUCUUUUUUGUAGAGAAGGAAAAACAGGAAGAGCUGAACAGCCCUAAGAAAACUUUCAAGGAAGUAAACAUUGUAGUGGAUAAUUAUAACACAGAGGUAAAGAAAGAUAUUGCUACUAAGCAAUCGACAGAACAUAUUGAGGUUGAAACACAAACAGGGAAAGCAAAGCAAGCAGAGAUAGUUAAUGCAGUGGAUAUAUCGGUAACUCAACCAAGUGUGGAUAUUCCACUGCCACCGGUAAAAGAUCAACCAGUGAAAUCACAACUCCCACCGGUUUCACAAGCUACCAAGGAGAAACCUGCAGAAAGAGUUGUGGAGAAAUCCUCGGAACAAGAAAAGGAGAAAGAACAAGAGGAAGAGAAAAAUGAGAAGGAGAAAUUUGCAGAAACUAGAAAAUCCAUUAGUCAAGCAGCAGAAUGA